AUGGUGUGUGAAAAUUGUUCUGUAGGCGGUGUUAUCGCCGGAUUGAACCCGCUCGAGUACUCGAGUCUGUCGCCGUACACUAUCUUCAUUUUUCAGGCCAUCUUCAUCUUGACAAUGUGCAAUCUCGUACAUUUUCCUAUCAAGUACCUUCAACAGCCACGAGUGAUUGCAGAGGUGAUUGCAGGCAUUUUACUCGGCCCCACGGUGUUGGGCCGUAUUCCUAACUUUACCGAUAAUUGCUUUCCGACCGAAUCGAUUCCUGGCUUGACAUUGAUGGCCAACAUUGGUAUUAUUUUGUUUUUGUUCAUGGUGGGUAUGGAAGUUGAUCUCGGAUACAUCAGAAAACACCUCAAGGCUGCCGUCACCGUGGGGUUGGUCAACAUGGCGGUGCCUUUCGGCUUGGGGUGUGCGAUCUCGGUCGGUAUGUAUCAUCGUUACAGAGAAAACGCUGACUUACCUCCUAUCAAGUUCACCACUUAUAUGGUGUUUAUAGCGGUGGCUAUGUGUAUCACGGCAUUUCCGGUGUUGGCACGGAUCUUGACCGAAUUGAACUUGAUUUCUGAUCGUGUGGGGACGAUUGUGUUGGCAGCCGGGAUCACCAAUGACUUGGUGGGGUGGAUAUUGUUGGCAUUGGCGGUGAUUUUGGCCAAUUCGUCUGCCCCCGUCACCACCGUGUACAUUUUGCUUGCCACAGCUGCAUGGUUCGUGGUGAUGUUCAUUCCUGUCCGUCGGGCCUUGCUGUGGUACCUCCGCCGCUUUACCAAUGACUUGGUGACGGGUGAACCCAGCCAGUUUCUGAUGAUGUUGAUUUUGUUGUUGGUAUUUGUGUCGGCGUUCUACACUAAUAUCAUCGGAGUGCACGCCAUUUUUGGAGCGUUCAUGGUCGGGGUGAUUGUGCCCCGGGAUAAUGGAUACGUGAUUCGGAUCACUGAAAAGUUGGAGGAUUUGGUGCAUCUUUUGAUGAUUCCGCUUUAUUUUGCGGUUGCAGGGUUAAACGUCAACUUGGGUCUUCUUAAUGAAGGGGUAGACUGGGGCUACACCAUCGGAAUUAUUGUUUUGGCCAUGGUGGGCAAAAUUGCAGGGGGGUUUGUGGCUGCAAAAUUCAACAAGCUCCUCUGGAGAGAGUCUUUGGCGGUGGGGGUGCUAAUGUCGUGUAAAGGAAUUGUGGAAAUUGUCGUUUUGAACGUGGGAUUGAACGCACAAAUUCUCACCCAGAAGACUUACUCGAUGUUUAUUGUCAUGGCCUUGGUGACAACUUUUUUGACCACUCCGUUGACCUUACGCGUGUACCCUCUUAGUUAUCGGGAGAAGGUUGCAAAGUUUUUGAAAGGAGAAAUCGCCUGGGACGGCACUUCUUUGGUGUCCCCAGAUUCGGCGGAAACAAAGAAAAGCUUCCGUAGCACGGAUAUCAAGACUUUUACUGAAAUCGAGAUCCCUAGAACUUUGGUUUUGUUAAAAAGCAUCGAGGCUUUGGCUCCUUUGAUGUCGUUCAUCGAAAAGUAUCUCAAGAAUAGCAAUGAGCCAACGGUUCAGUCCAUUCACUUGAGGGAUUUCAGUUCUCGUACUUCUCAUUUAUUGGAAGCGUCUACCAUGAGAGAAGAUAACCAAAGUAUGGAAUACAGCACCUCUGUUUUAGACUUAUUCCGGAUCUUUUCUCAUUUAUUGGGAUUCCAUACCACCUCCAAGUCGAUCUUAACCACCCCAAAAAACCAAAUGCUUAUUCUUAACGAGCAAGUGCAACACGAAACCGAACUUUUGCUUACUUGUGAUAAGGCUUCAAAUGUAUUGAAUACUCAUAUCGCUGAAGAUAAUGAGAAUUCGGAGAACGCAUUGUACAGAAAGAUCUUCAAGUCUGCCGAGUGCAACUUUGGAUUAUUCCUCAAGGCUUCCUCUGAAGGCAGUGUUGACACUAUCGAAAAGACUGAUAAUGGGACAUUGUUUGAGCACGAACCGACUUCGACUUUUGGUGUCAAUGUGGUUAUCAGCAAUGACAACUCAUUGACGCCAUCCGACUUCUUGGCUCUUCACACUGCCUUUCAAUUGGCUGUUGAGGCUUCUUCAGUAAACCUCAUCAUCAAGUCGUCCUCCCAGUCGGUGGGCAUGGACGAUGAACUUGAGGCCCUCUUCAAGGACCUUGUCUCCGAUGUCACCAUUACGCGUGUGAAGCAGUUGAGUACGUUUUCUGAUGAAGUACUUAGGAUCAAACCUUCGUUCAAGUCAGACAUCUUUGUUGUUGCUAAUAACUUGUCGAUUGAGUCCAGUAAUGUUCUCAGUGCCGAUGUUGCAGAGUUAGUGGUAUUGGGUGAAGAAGAAGGGUUCGACACACUUGUAGUGAAAUGCCCAAUGUGAAUAUUGUCUUAUGUUUUAUGUACAAUUGUACAAUUGUAAAAGUCAGUUGUAAGAAGCUC